UCGAACUGCCACCAUCUGCCUUUCGUCUGCAUUGAACAUUUUAGCGCUUUCCAGAUAUACGGUAUCAUUCGGUUUUUACCCUACGCAGUUAAGCCGCCAGUUUCUCCGUUCUAUUGCCUGAUGACCGCUCGUUUUCUGAGCCGUCUCAUUAGGUAGCUAUCAUGGAUAACGCAAAUCUUUGGACUCGCCGAUCCAACUCCUCUAAGUUGUCUCUGUCUAUGACGGGAACAGACGGCAAAGACGGUGCCAAAGUCGAACUUCCCCGCACAAAGCGUUUUGGUCCUGAUAGCUCCCACGGUCGAUCGAAUCCCUUCAACGCUCUAUCUCCUCUUUCGGGCGGUGUGUCCUCCCCGUCGACGAACGCCUCGUCUGCAUUCGGCCUGGGAUCCGGCGCCUUUGCAUCUUUCGGUGCCCCCAAAACUCCCGGCGGCUCCGACCUCAAGACGCCCCUCGAGAAACGAGACAACCCGACGGAACACGACUCGGUGGAGGGCACGAAGACGAAGGCCGCUAGUUCUAUCAUCAGAGAACACCCUCUGAAAUCCACCUGGAUCAUUUGGUACCGUCCACCCACGCCUAAAUACUCCGAUUACGAAAAGUCAACCGUCCCCCUUGCAUCUAUAUCCUCGGUCGAAAGUUUCUGGUCGAUAUAUUCGCACUUGAAGCGGCCUUCUCUUCUACCCACUGUUUCCGACUAUCAUAUCUUUAAAAAGGGCAUUCGCCCUGUAUGGGAAGAUGAUGCCAACAAGAAGGGUGGGAAGUGGGUGGUGAGAUUGAAGAAGGGUGUUGCUGAUCGGUACUGGGAGGAUCUUCUCUUAGCUAUGGUUGGUGACCAGUUCGCGGAGGCUGGUGAUGAAGUUUGCGGUGCUGUCCUCAGCGUACGGAGUGGCGAGGACGUGUUGAGUGUCUGGACCAGGAUUGACGGUGGGCGCAAUAUCAAGAUCCGGGAAACGAUCAAGCGUCUGCUGGGCUUCCCGAUCGAUACCAACAUUGUCUGGAAGAGCCACGACGACAGCAUUGCUCAGCGCUCUGCCAUUGAUCAAGCUCGUCAGGAGAAGGCCGCCGGAAACAACGGCCACCACCAUCAUCACCACCAUCACCAUCACCACAACAAUAACAACAACAACAACAACAACAACCCACAUCAAAAUCUAGGUACAGAUCGACGAAGAGUUACGGCUAAUGAUGACUCUACGGGAGAUAAAGAAAAGGGAGCGGCGUCGUGA